AUCUACAUCAAUGGCAACACCCACGAGGGCGGUGGCCAGGUCAUCCGCAACGCCGUCACCCUGGCAGCCCUAACCUCCCAUCCUCUCACGAUUCACUCGAUCCGCGCCAACCGUCCCGGAAGAAAAGGGCUCAGAGACGCGCAUGUCGCCGCCAUUGAGUUUCUUGCAGAAGUAAGCAACAGCAUCGUUGAGAGCGCGGAAAUCUGGUCGACGAAGGUUACUUUCCGCCCGCCUGACAGGAUCGAUGGUGCAGCAGUGAAGAAGGUCUAUAGUGGACAUACAACGCCAGGGUCGGUGUUUUUGACGUUUCAGGCGUUGUAUCCGUACCUACUCCAUGCAGGGGCGCUUUCAGGUGACAAGGAGCCAAUUUGUGUGGAGCUCCAGGGAGGUACGAAUAUACACUAUUCGCCAACGUUUGAUUCUGUCUCGCAAGUGUUGACCCCAAACCUGGAGACACUGGGCUUUCCUAGGCUGGAUAUUGAGUUACAUAAACGUGGCUGGAACACAGGACCAGUCAGAUUGGGUUCUGUGAAGCUCUUUGUCUAUCCCCUACCAUCCAGCACGGGACCUGAUGGAGGAAUAAAGUGCCACUUGCCGAAGAUUAACCUAGAUCAACAUCGAAGGGGAAAAAUAACGAAGAUCGAUGUGACUAUCCUCGCUCCAGAUAACGACGUAUCUUGGGAGACUCGUGGCACGACAAACAAGGAAGAUAAACUCACGGUCCGCAAGUUUCUGGAGCAGGGAGUCAUUGCAGAGCUCCGCGACAGGCUAUAUGGAUCAUCGUUACCGUCGCAUGUAAUCGAUCAAGACGUCCCCAUUGGCAUCCACACCUCCGAGCCCACUCAGCACCACACGCAUAUCUACAUACUCAUCGUGGGUCAUACGACGACCGGGUUCCGUAUAUCACGGGAUGAGCUCUUCGAAGGGGACUUAAGCUACCUUGUCAAUACGUGUAGCGAUGUAUACAAACGCUUUCUCGUUCAAGGGAUGGGCGAUGCAUGUGUCAGACAUUUUGUCAGAGAACUAUACGACCGAAACCUGGAGGAGUUUAGCCGUCGAGAAGGGAGGCACCAACCAUGUGUGGGUCGCACCAUGCGUGAUCAAUUGGUGGUUUUUGAAGAGCUGGAAAGGCCUGAGACUAAGACUAGAGAAGAUGACCGAUACUGGUGCCUGCACAUGAAAAGUGCACGAUGGGUCUGUGGGGAGGUUCUUGGUAUUAAGCUUGCGUAG